AUGCUUUUCUUUUGCAUAGAAAUCGUGGCAGUCUUUAGCAAAAUUCCAAGUAAAAAUUCCAAUUUCAUACGACAAAACCCAAGUAAAAACCAAUGUACCUAUACGGCUCGAAUUUGGGGCCGAACCAAUUGCAACUUUGAUGGCAACGGAUGUGAGACGGGUGAUUGUAACAAGGCUCUAGAAUGCCAAGGGGCCGGUUCACCACCAAAUACCUUGGCCGAGUUUGCACUCAAUCAGCCCAACAACUUGGACUAUCUAGACAUAUCUCUUGUUGAAGGCUUUAACAUCCCAAUUGAUUUCAGCCCCACUACCGGUGGCUGUCGUGGAAUCCGAUGUGCAGCUGAUAUUAAUGGACAGUGCCCAGACCAGUUGCGGGCUCCUGGAGGCUGCAAUAAUCCUUGUACUGUAUUUAAAACCAAUCAAUAUUGCUGCACUGAUGGUCCUGGAAGCUGUAGCCCAACCGAUUUCUCCAAGUUCUUCAAGGAUAGGUGCCCAGAUGCUUUUAGUUACCCUCAAGAUGAUCAGACCAGCACAUUUACUUGUCCUAGUGGAACCAAUUACAAGGUUACAUUUUGUCCAUGAAUUCCUACUUUCUUUCAUGGGAGAAGAGAAUAGGAGUUAGUUAAUGAUAUAGAAUAAAAAAGAUUAAGAGCUCCCAUCAUAAACCCAAUAAGUUGACGCAUUUAUAUCCAUGCUAAUUACAAGUUACACAUAUAUUGUUACAUGGAUAUAUUACUGAUGCUAUUAAUAAAUUGUUUUUCCUUGAUUUGGAAA